AUGUCCCACAAUGAUGCGUUGGUGUCACCGCUAUGCUAUUUGUUCAAUCUAAUUUUAAAUACGUCCACAUAUCCUUCUUUAUGGAAGACAGCAAAAGUCAUUCCAGUUUAUAAAACAGUUAUUAAUGAACAACACGGAUUCGUGAAAGGUCGAUACACUUGCACGAAUUUGUGUGAAUUUUCACAAAUUGUUUUAAAUGCAAUUGCUAAUCGUAUGCAAGUUGACAUAAUCUAUACUGAUAUGACAAAAGCAUUUGAUAUAGUAGAUCAUGAAAUUUUAGUGUGUAAACUCAGUCGGUUAGGUUUGUGCCAAAGUUUACUGGUUGGCAUCAGACCAUCACCUUUAAUUGUCGGCUUCUGCAGCUUUGUUAAUAACGUUCGGAUAGUCGACUUGUGGACAUUGAAUACGGGAUAUGUAAGGUUGCUGGUCCAGUGCCUGACAAGAAAGCUACUUAUUCAGCGGUCUCCUGAAGAACACUUUACAGCUGCAGCUGACAGGAUCCUCUUCAAUACGAAUAGUAAUACGGAUAAGAUACGAGAUGCAAAUGAAAACACUGUGGACUGUCUGCUGUAUUGGAUGCAUUUUACCGUUAUUAUAUUUUUGACACUAGCGAAAUCCAUGGGCUCGAACUACAUAGUUUCAGAAGCAGCAAAGGUGGAGGACUAUGUGUUCGAGUAUUUAGACGAGUAUGUGUAUACAUAA